CGUCGGGGCUGAGGGGGCGGGCGGCCGCCGGUGUCGGGAAUCCGUGUCCAUCUUGCUCGGGAGCUGCGGCGACCGUCUUGCCUGUCUCGCUAGUAUCGAGCGGCGAAACCAAAGCCGCGAUGGCAUCCGAAACCGCAGGACUGUGAGGCAUCAGAACGAGAGCCGGCAGGCCGGGCAGAGCAACAGAAGCGGGUUGCUGACGAGCCGAGCUGCCGCCAUGGAGCUGAGGGUUGGGAACCGGUACCGGCUGGGCCGGAAGAUCGGGAGCGGCUCCUUCGGGGAUAUCUACCUGGGAACUGAUAUUGCUGCCGGAGAAGAGGUUGCAAUAAAGUUGGAAUGUGUGAAAACCAAACAUCCUCAGCUCCACAUCGAGAGUAAAAUCUACAAAAUGAUGCAGGGUGGAGUGGGUAUUCCCACAAUUAAGUGGUGUGGAGCUGAAGGGGACUACAACGUUAUGGUGAUGGAGUUGUUGGGACCAAGUCUUGAAGAUCUCUUCAAUUUUUGUUCAAGGAAAUUUAGUCUCAAGACAGUCCUAUUACUUGCUGACCAAAUGAUUAGUCGAAUUGAAUAUAUUCACUCAAAGAACUUCAUACACCGAGAUGUGAAGCCAGAUAACUUCUUAAUGGGCCUGGGGAAGAAAGGCAAUCUUGUCUACAUAAUAGACUUUGGACUAGCAAAGAAGUAUCGAGAUGCUCGAACUCACCAACAUAUUCCAUAUCGUGAAAAUAAAAACUUAACAGGAACUGCCCGUUACGCGUCCAUCAACACUCAUCUUGGAAUUGAGCAAUCUCGCAGAGAUGACUUGGAGUCCUUGGGCUAUGUACUGAUGUAUUUUAACCUGGGCUCCCUCCCCUGGCAGGGACUGAAAGCAGCAACAAAGAGGCAGAAAUACGAACGUAUCAGUGAAAAGAAAAUGUCUACACCCAUUGAGGUUUUGUGUAAAGGAUAUCCUUCUGAAUUUGCCACAUACUUGAAUUUCUGUCGUUCUUUGCGUUUUGAUGACAAGCCGGACUAUUCCUAUCUAAGGCAAUUAUUCAGAAACCUCUUUCAUCGGCAAGGAUUCUCCUAUGACUAUGUCUUUGACUGGAACAUGCUGAAAUUUGGUGCGAGCAGAGCAGCUGAAGAUGCUGAACGGGAAAGGCGAGAACGAGAGGAAAGAUUAAGACACACCCGAAAUCCAGCUGUACGUGGAUUACCCUCCACUGCUUCUGGCAGGCUUAGAGGAACGCAAGAUGUAGCUCCUCCUACACCCCUUACCCCAACUUCACAUGCUGCCAACACCUCUCCUCGGCCAGUAUCCGGUAUGGAACGAGAAAGGAAAGUGAGUAUGAGAUUGCAUCGUGGUGCCCCAGUCAAUAUCUCCUCGUCUGAUUUAACAGGCCGACAAGAUACCUCUCGCAUGUCAACUUCACAGAUUCCUGCUCGGGUUGCUACCAGUGUUCUCCAGUCUGCUGUGCACCGAUGAAAAUUAUUUUGCCGUGGAGGGCAGAUAAUGCAUGGCUGAUCUCCCAUGUUACCAAUGGCUUUACUAGCAAAUAUUCCCUAAACUAGAGUGGAAAUUGGAGUUCUCCAUGUGACCUAAAAGGCACUUGGAGGAACAUGCAGAGACUCCAGCAGCUGCCAUUGCAGGACGCUUUUGCCAGAAACCCAGUGACCUUAAGAGAACCCUGUGGUAACAGGGCUGGAAAAGAAAGAUGGUUUACAGAGUUCACCGCCUGUUACUGGAUGGCCAUUUCAGUUUUCCCUCCACAGGCGGCAGACUUUAUUCCCUUUUUAUUAUUCUACUGUAACUAUAAAUCUUUUACUUGGUUUAAGAAAGUUUUUUGUAUAAUUUUGCUAAAAUUAUUGGCUUACUUCUCUGUAAAAAACUCUUGCUUUUGUCUGAUUUAAAAAUGUAGAAUAUAAACAAACCUGAACUAAAGACAACGACUUGAAAUUUCUUGUUUAAAAGAUUAGUCUGCCAGGGAACUUCUAAAUUAAUGAAAACCAUCUGAUGUUAUUUAAAUUGUGUACUUUCAUGUAUUGUCCCAUUCUGAGUCGGUUUUCUCGUGAAGUUUUUAAAACUGUUAGCAGUUUAUUUCACUGUUCACUGUCUUCAUUCACACUGGACAUUUAACUUUCUGUGUAGCACAAAGAAAUUUUUAAUAUUCAUUGUGUUUCAUAGAAGAGGAUAACUAAAUGCCCUGCAGGAGAGUCUUAAGUAUAGUAGAGAUUGUAAUGAUGAAUUUCUUUUUUGUAAAGAACAUGAACAACAGAGUGAAAGACUGACAUUUGAGGGAUUUAGAAUUAGAAAGCUUGUUCUGUCUAUGCUUAGUUUGGGUGAAUGGAUACUUUCAAACUUUGGUUUUACUGGGAAAAUUUUGUUUCCUCUUCUCUGAGGCUGGAGGCUAUUACAAGUGCAAAAUAGAUACUGCUGCUGAGUCUUCAGUGAAUUUGCAUGUUUCAUUCAGUAUCCACAUGUUUAUAAGUAAAUAAAUACCUUGAUUUAUGCCUUCGGUUACAUGCCGAGACCAAAAAAGGAAUUCUUAAACAAAACUAAACAGCCCACCCAGCCCCCCAAACAUAGUAAUCCAUUCUUGCAGUAAAAUCCUGAGAAUUUCUACCAUUCAGGUGCGUAUCAUAUUUAAUUCUUAAGUAUAUUCAACCUGAGUAUGGCCGGAGUCAUUAUCUAGGCAUGAGUGACUCAACAUGCUCAGGUUGUUGCAGAUGUUGUUGGCUCCUGUUGAUUGUGAAAUCUUGGAAAUUCUUCAUAUUGUCUCUUACUAUAAAUGAUCUCAUAAAAGUACAUGUUCUGGCCUUACAUUUCUUAGAACAGUACCAGAACUAUUAUGACUGAAAUUAUGGAAGUUCUGUGCUGGAAAUGAAAAUAUGUACAGAGAUUUUGUUUGAACAGUUAGGUAUUUUGAGAAAUUCGUGCCUGCCUGGAGACAAUUUUAAAAGAUGUUUGGUCUUCAGAUUUUUAUGGAGAGUAGUUUUUUAUUUUUUGGGUGUUUACAUAUUCUUUUUCGCCCCUCUCAAAAGUCCACAUACUAAGUAUUAAGUAUCAUAAUUCUUCUUUGGAUACUUCCAUAACAUUAGCUAUUUCCUUGUGUGUACUCCAGGUCAGACUGGGGAAAUGUGUGUUUGGGAAGAGUAUAGUGGAAAAGCUUGAGAAUUUGAUCAAUUGAUAAGUUUGCAUAAGAGAACUAUUUCCUCAGUUACUAUAAACUUUGGUAUUUUAGGCAUGUGCACUACCAUUGGAGCAGUUUUACACUUCAGUAUGCUUUCCUUGUAAAUAUCUGUGGUUAAUAGUGUAAUGUUUGAGGGACUUACAAAAGCAGCCUUUUUAUUUCCUAUGUAUCUGGACCAUUAGAUUGCUGUACUAUACUUAAAAGUUGACUGCAGACUUCAACAAUUAUACUCACUUGUGGGCAGUUUUUGUCCUCGUAAUAGUUAAAUUCCAUCAUGCAGAGAAUAGUUAGACUGUCUAUAUAAACCUGUGUAUAAACCAGUAUCUCAAAGCACUUCAUUUGUACUACCACUGUAUUUGUGUACUUUAACAGUUGUGUAAAUACAUUCAUAAUAACUUCUCUUCUUCUUUGGUGUAACUUACUGACUUGCAAUGAAUCCUUACUCUUUACCUGAUGCAACUUUUUUUUUGCUUGUUUUCUUUUUACUUCUUUUUUUUUUCUUUUUGCAUUUUUAUUUUUUUUUCAAGGGGUUUCAGUACCUGCAGAACCAGUCAGUUUGUCAGUUACAAACAUUUGAAGAUACUGUCUUGCUACCAAAACUUUCAGUGAAAGAGUUUGGUAGUUAUGAUCCUGGGGUAUACAGGAAGAAAGAGAAAGCAUUGAUUGCUUUGCUCACAGAAAGCAUGUCUUCUUGUCUGUUUGCAGGUAAAUGUUUUUGUUUGGAUACUUCUUUUUUUUUCAGAAGUUUUUCAUUUUGUACAAAUGCUUUUGCUUAUCAAGUAAUGCAUAGUAUUGAUAAGGAAGUAUAGUAAGGGAAUUGAGAUUGGAUCAGUUAUGGGAAUUAGGAUAAAAGCAAGAAAAAUAAUGAGCUGUACUCAAGGUGGUGCCCUGUAUAAUAAAAUUCUGGAUUUUGCUAUGUGAUUCUCAUUUAAUUACAUCUAUUAUAAUCUGAGGAUAGACGCACCUUCAGGAACCCCAUGUGUUUUCUUAUUAGCAAGCCUUUGAAAGUUGGAAGGAUAUUUUGAUUUCUUCUAGUGGUUUUUAAUUAAAACUGUGUAUAUGCUUUAUAUGGUAAAUACCACCUGUGCUGCUGUUUUACAUAAUCUUGAAUGGUUACAGAAUCCUUGAGUUUUUUGUGGUACAAAUACUUAAAAAAAAAUAAUAAAUCCUCUUCUUUAUGAGAGUUAUUAAGAGAAAACAUUCAAGUCCAUAUAUUCCAUGUUAACUUUAUGAAAAUAGUCAAAAUACUCCUUGGAGGAAGACAUGUUGAUGAACUCGUCGUUUCCAGUGGGAAAAAAAUACCUUAAGCACAACUAUUUGUCUUUGUUUCCUCAUGUCCCAGACCCUUGUGUACAGCAUUGG